UGAGACAGAGCCGCAGUAGAAGCGCCAUGCUUCCGUUUGUUAUUGUUGAUGGUAGUUUUAUUGGGUUUAAUUAGACCGUAACUUUGUUUACUUUAUUGGUUAAUGAUAAAUAAAGGUUUAAUAAUGAGUGAAAAUCAGGAGGUUAUAUCGAGCAUCACAGGAUCCACAUUAAACUACAGUGAUGUGGAGAAAGUAGCGCGCUGCUGGAUCAUCGACUUCACCUUCCGCUCACUGUGUCAUUACUACCAAGAACAGAAUUCACACAAGUUCAGCUCAACUCUGCGCGCUUUUGAGGCGAUGGUCGACGACGAGAUCCAGCUGCAGGAAGAUCAUCAAGCCAAGAGAACGAUCUGCUGUUUCCUUUCCAGAAUUAUGGAUGGCAAAAACCUGGAUACCCUGUAUGAGGUGGAUAACAGAGUGACCCCCCUGAUGUCGGCGCUCUCAGUGUGGGGGUAUCUGAAGGAAGCCACGAGUGACGCGGCGCUUCAUGAAAAUAUCAGAAACCUUUUAUUUAUCCAGUGUGUUGGUGUGUGUUUGGAGAAAGGUAAUGCUCAGUUAGCAGCACACACACUGCAGUGGUUGGAGAAGGAAGGUUCAGUACCAGAGAAGCUGCAGAGGAAGCUCUCCACCAUCGUGUCUAAGAAGGACGUGUACGAUCAGCUCCUGACGUCCUUCUCCUACACUCGCCUGCUGGAGAGCGUGAACUCCUUCCUGGACGCUUUUCUCGAGGAACAUCCGUCAGAUUUUCUAUUUAGGUCGGCGUCCAAAGUGGUCCAGGCUCGUCAGCUGAGAGCAGAACACGCCGAUUCAGAUCAGAAGUGUGAAGAACCAGAACCGCCGCCCAGUCCACCCCACAGUCCCGAAAAGAACGAAAGCAAAAUCGUUUCAUCAGAGCUCAAUAUCAGACCCAAGAAGAAACUUCUCAACACUAAAACAGUUCAGCCCUGGAAACCAGAAACGGUGAAGAAAACCCAGUUUGUUCCUCGAGGAGCCUCUAGUUUAAAAGUUUCCAGAAGAAGUUUUAAAGUUCCUCCAGUAGAAGAGAGUCGCCCCAACACCAAACACCGCAGCAAGAAGAUGUGGACGUGGCAGGAGGAUAAACUGCUGAAGGCUGGAGUGAGGAAACACGGUGAGGGGAGGUGGAGGAAGAUCCUGGAGGAGUUUGAUUUCGGAGGCCGGAACAGCGUGAUGCUGAAGGACCGCUGGAGAACCCUGAAGAAUAAAGGUGUUUUAUAAUCGUAUAAACGUCUCAGAUCUCCAGGAUGUGAUGAUGCAUGUUGUGUUUGAUUUCUGUAACGAUGCUGCAGCAUAAACACUUUAAUUAGAUUUUUGAUCUGUUUCUCUACACUGUUCAUUUCUUCAUUUUAUUCUCUGUAUCUCACACCUCAGUUUAAACCUCUUUAUUGGUUUGAACUAUUUAGACCAGCAAUUUUUAAUUAAAAUGUUAUUUUUCUAUAAGUGAAUAUAAAUGUGUGAUUUAUUCCCAACAAAACUGAUAUUUUGUUAAAAAAGUCUGUAAAUAUUUUCACAAUAA